AUGAAAUUACCUAGAGAAGUGGUUUUUCAAGUUGCAAAAGGAUUUAGGGGAAGAAGUAAAGGCUGUUUUAAAAUUGCAAGAAGUAGAGCGAUGAAAGCUUUGUUAUAUUCUUAUAUUAUGAGGCGUCAAAGAUAUAGACGAUUAAGAGUUCAUUGGAUAGCUAGUAUUAACAGAGCUUGUAGGGAAUGGAAAUUUACAUAUGCACAUUUUACAAAUAGUUUAUUAAAUAAUAAUAUUUUAUUAAAUAGAAAAAGUUUAUAUAAUUUAUGUUACACCGAACCAAUAAGUUUCAAAAGUUUAGUAGAUGAAUCCAAAUACAUUUUUUUUCAAAGAAAACUUAAAUUUAGAGAUAUAUCUCAACUUUAA